AUGAUUUUAGUCUUACUGAACCAUGCAAAUUUCCUACUCACUGUUCUUUGUGGUCGGCUUCCUGGGCAACAUGCUGGUGCUGUGGGUGAUCCUGAGAGUGGGCGAGCUGGUGCUGUGGCUGAUCCUAUGAGUGGGCGAGCUGGUGCUGUGGGUGAUCCUGAGAGUGGUCGAGCUGGUGCUGUGGCUGAUCCUAUGAGUGGUCGAGCUGGUGCUGUGGCUGAUCCUAUGAGUGGGCGAGCUGGUGCUGUGGCUGAUCCUAUGAGUGGGCGAGCUGGUGCUGUGGGUGAUCCUGAGAGUGGGCGAGCUGGUGCUGUGGGUGAUCCUAUGAGUGGGCGAGCUGGUGCUGUAGCUGAUCCUGAGAGUAGGCAAGCUGGUGCUGUGGCUGAUCCUAUGAGUGGGCGAGCUGGUGCUGUGGCUGAUCCUGAGAGUGGGCGAGCUGGUGCUGUGGCUGAUCCUAUGAGUGGGCGAGCUGGUGCUGUGGGUGAUCCUGAGAGUGGGCAAGCUGGUGCUGUGGGUGAUCCUAUGAGUGGGCGAGCUGGUGCUGUGGGUGAUCCUGAGAGUGGGCAAGCUGGUGCUGUGGGUGAUCCUAUGAGUGGGCGAGCUGGUGCUGUAGCUGAUCCUGAGAGUAGGCGAGCUGGUGCUGUGGCUGAUCCUAUGAGUGGGCAAGCUGGUGCUGUGGGUGAUCCUGAGAGUAGGCGAGCUGGUGCUGUGGCUGAUCCUAUGAGUGGGCGAGCUGGUGCUGUGGGUGAUCCUGAGAGUGGGCAAGCUGGUGCUGUGGGUGAUCCUGAGAGUGGGCAAGCUGGUGCUGUGGGUGAUCCUGAGAGUGUGCGAGCUGGUGCUGUGGGUGAUCCUGAGAGUGGGCGAGCUGGUGCUGUGGCUGAUCCUAUGAGUGGGCGAGCUGGUGCUGUGGGUGAUCCUGAGAGUGGGGAGCUGGUGUUAUGGGUGAACCUGAGAGUGGGGAGCUGGUGUUGUGGGUGA